CUGAUCACCUGCACGGGGCUGCAGUCUGAUCGUGUCGCACAGCUCACCGGAUGUUCACCACUGCCAAAGAUUAUUCCAUUCCGUGGAGAAUAUCUCUACUUGAAACCAGAAAAACGAUACCUCUGCAGAGGCAACAUAUACCCUGUGCCCAAUCCAGGACUGCCAUUCCUCGGCGUCCAUUUCACCCCACGCAUGGAUGGUAACAUUAUUUUGGGUCCGAAUGCUGUGCUGGCGUACAAACGAGAAGGAUACGGUUAUUUCCAAAUCUCACCGUAUGAUCUCUUCGAGUCCUUGACUUACAGUGGCAUGCGAAAAUUGACUUUCAAGUACUUGAAAUAUGGAUUAACCGAAUUAUAUCGUGGUAUUUUUAUAUCCGCUCAAGUGAAACAACUACAACGAUUCAUCCCUGAAUUGAAGUUAAGCGAUGUGACAAGAGGUUUUACCGGUGUGCGCGCUCAAGCCAUGGAUCCGGAAGGUAACCUUGUUGACGACUUCGUUUUUGACAGCGUACAUGGACCCAUCUUGUCGAAAAUGGUGCUUCAUGUACGUAAUGCACCAUCACCGGGAGCGACAUCAAGUCUAGCGAUAGCGAAAAUGAUAUCUCAGGAGGCCAAGACAAGAUUUUCUCUGUAG